AUGGUUGAGACCCCUCACCUUGACGGCACGCCCAUGACUGGCUUGAUACUGCUCCGGUCCAGGCUUGACCAGCACAAGCUGGCUAACAUCGAUUGCUCCACGGACGGAAUCUUGACGCCUUUUUGCAACAUGUGCAUGAGGCUGGAGCCCUCAGCGGUGUGCAACGAUCAGAACUUCUGCCAGCCCAGCUUGAACCACUUCGCAAUCCGUACCACCUGUCCGAGACCAAAGUAUCUCACGGAAAGCG